AUGGAUACAGCCGGCAGGCUGUUGCGAUGGGCAAUAGAGCUGUCGGAGUACGAUCUUGAGUUUCACCCGCGCAAUGCAAUAAAAGCACAAGCCUUGGCCGACUUCGUAGUUGAAGCAUCCUAUCAAGAGGAUGAAACCAAAGCAGAAUCCUGGGAAGUAUCAGUAGACGGGUCAGCCGCUCAGUCGGGAGCGGGAGCCGGCGUUGUCAUGACCUCUCCGACAGGAGGUAAGUUCGAAUACGCAAUCAGAUUCACUUUCGCAGCUUCGAACAACGAAGCAGAAUAUGAAGCAGCCAUUGCAGGGGUACAACUAUGUUUGUUGGCAGACGCCAAGAGGAUAGUAAUGACAACAGAUUCUCAGUUGGUGGCAAAUCAGUUUUCGGGAGAGUAUGAAACAAAAGAGCCGUCAAUGCGGCGGUAUCAAGAAAAACUGAAGACGCUGACAGCGAAAUUAGAGGCUUUUGAGAUCAAAUUGGUCCCCAUAGCGUUGAACAUUGACGCAGACAGCCUAGCAAAACUGGCCAGUUCGAAAGCAAUCGAGCUCAGCCGAUCAGUAAUGAUAGAAAUCAUGCACAGAAGGAGUACGGAAGAAAAAAGAAAAGAAAUAAUGGUCAUCAUGGCAAACAAAGAGUGGUACGACGAUAUCUGGACGUACAAGACGACUGGAGUGCUCCCGGCCGAUAUCAGGGAGGCAAAGAAAAUCAAAAAAGACAUUUGCUGGUACGUCAUAUAUCAGGGACAACUCUAUAAAAGAGCAUUCAGCCUCCCCCUGCUGCGGUGUUUGACGGCAUACGAAUCCGCAAGAUUAAUCGAAGAAAUGCAUGAAGGAAUAUGCGGAAACCAUGUAGGAGGAAAAACACUCGCUUUGAUCUGCCAAAGACAAGGUUACUACUGGCCAACCAUGCUCGAAGACGCACAGAGCUACGUCAAGAAAUGUGAAAAAUGCCAGCUGUUUGCCCCAGUAAUACGUAUGCCAGCAAACGACUUGAUGCCCAUUCUGAAUCCAAUUCCAUUCGCCCAGUGGGGAAUGGAUAUUGUAGGACCCUUCACAACAGCCUCAGGAGACUACCGGAUCAAGUUCGCAUACGCUUCAGUCUGCCACCCACAGAGCAACGGGCAAGCCGAGGCUGCAAACAAACAAAUACUCGUAGCCCUUAAGAAAAAGCUGGAUGAGUUCAAGGGCAAGUGGGCAGACACAGUCCCAGAGGUUCUAUGGGGUAACAGAACGACGGUUAAAGAAGCAACGGGAGAGAGCCCUUUCAAACUAUGCUUCGGAUCAGAAGCAGUCAUACCAGCUGAAGUAGCACUACUCACCUUCCGCAUCCAGCAUUAUGAAGAACAGGGAAACGACAGCUUACUCAGACACCAGCUGGAUUUCUUACCAGAGGUCAGACUGCAGGCGGAAAUUAAGUCGGCCGCAUACAAGAACAGAAUGAGCAGGGCCUACAACAAGCGAGUAAAGCAUAGGAAUCUAGAGGUAGGCAACCUUGUACUUCGCCGGACGGCAGCAACCGGCAAAGCUCAAAAACAAGGAAAACUGACUACAAAUUGGGAAGGGCCCUACCAGAUAUGGGAAGAAGUGGUAGCUGGAUCAUACAGACUAAUGGAGAUGGAUGGAACACCGCUGAAGAACUCAUGGAACGCAGAUGCUUUAAGAAAAUUCCAUGUAUGA